GGGUGAGCUCGGGUGCCCCGGGCGUUCGGCGGGAAGCCGAGGCCAGGCAUGGGCCUAAUCUUCGCCAAGCUGUGGAGCCUCUUCGGUAGCCAAGGCUCUUCUGCUCUCUCAACUUUGUUGUGGAUUUUCUUCUUCUUUUGCCAAGAACAUGGUGGACUGGGAAGAUACUCAUGAAUACAACCUAAACUGAGUUUGAAUACCAGCCACUAAAAGGGAGAAACUUGGUUUAGUCUAGCACAAAGUAAUCAUAGUGGGACUUGAUAAUGCUGGAAAGACUACUAUUCUUUACCAGUUCUUAAUGAAUGAAGUGGUUCAUACUUCUCCAACCAUAGGAAGCAAUGUAGAAGAAAUAGUGGUGAAGAAUACUCAUUUCUUAAUGUGGGAUAUUGGAGGACAAGAAUCAUUACGGUCAUCAUGGAAUACCUAUUAUUCCAACACAGAGUUCAUCAUUCUGGUUGUUGACAGCAUUGAUAGAGAGCGACUGUCUAUUACAAAAGAAGAACUUUAUAGAAUGCUGGCUCAUGAGGAUUUACGGAAGGCUGCGGUUCUCAUCUUUGCCAACAAGCAGGACAUGAAAGGCUGCAUGACGGCUGCCGAGAUAUCUGCAUACCUCACCCUCAGCUCCAUAAAGGAUCACCCGUGGCACAUUCAGUCCUGCUGUGCUUUGACAGGAGAGGGAUGUCCCAAGUUCAGCUGGCAUGUCCCACACAAUGAACCUCACCUGCUCUUUGUGCCUGGGGAACAUGAAGUGAUGCUCUCUUGGGAUGUUUGCUCAGAAACAAAUGGUUUGAGACCUGAGGGACAGCCUCAAACUCUUCGCAAGCUGUUUUGGGCUACCUGGUGGAGAAACACAGAUCAUGACAAAUCUUUAUAUGACAUGUUUUUCCUUCCCUUUGGUAAUGCUGUAUAUAAAUUGUGCCUUUUUCCUUGUUUUAGUUUCCUGUUCAUUUAUUUCAUAAACUUCUUUGGUUGGAAACAAAAUCUUUAUUAUAGCAUUUGAAUUUCAUCUGUUUUCCUGCAGUUUUUCUCUCAAAAGUAACAAUUACCUUGUCCUGAUAACACCAGAUUGUUCAUCUGUGUCCAAUUUGAAAUUAACAUUCUGCCUUCUUUAGAAUUGUUAGCCUAUUCAUUUUGUGGUGCUAUAUUGUUCAUUCCUUCCAAUAUGGUAAUAAUGCUAUUUCCAGUCCUGUUCAUGCUGUUUAUAUUCUGCUAAUGUUUGCAUUUGCUUGGGAAAUUGUGGAGCCUCGUUACUAUUUUAUUUUAAGUUAUGUGCAUAUUCUUGUUUUGUGAAUCUACUAUAUAACUUAAUGUUCCAUGCAGCUUUUUGUCUUAUUUUAACUCCAGUGCUAACCUCUGCAAGUCCUUCUUCUGUUUCUUACUCUGGGAUUUUGUCGUAUUUGCCAUAGUAUAGUUGCUCUAUACAUCAUAAACUUCAACUCUAGUUUAGUGGUACUUGAGUGGGAAAUGUACUGUUUCCAUAGGGAUUAAUUUUGUCCCACACACCUUUUUUUUAUCUGAUUCUUUCUAGAUUAACUUUAAACUCCAUGUUUAUCUUUUUAGUCUUUAGUCAGAGGCUUCUUCUACCUUCACUUACUCUUCAUAGUGUCUAUUCAAAAAUGUGCUGAAGCUGUUUCAGAACUAGUUAAUUACAAUAGCAAUGUCCUGUGGCUGUCUUUCUUUCUUGAACCUAUUUCUAGUAGCCAGAAUUGGAAGUGAUGCUUUAAACCUUCUUUGUUUUUCACAUUUCUGGAGCAUUUCAGAAGUUAACAGAUACUCAGAGUAGUGUGCCCCAAUACCUUAUCCAGCGAUUGUUCAAAAAGAGAUGCUGGCUGUUUUACAGUGUGCCUGAGUAGGAGGGUGGAACAAUGCUCUGUGUGGGGUGAAAUGAGUAAGGAAAAAAGAGAAAUGAGGGGUGAAAGGAGAAGGGAAAAGGCAUCAGAGGUGGAAAUGCCUUGAUUCUGCCCAGGCAAGCAAACAUCAAAGUCUGCAUGAGUCAGAGGGCACUGCCCUGUGGCAGCUGGGAGCUGGAAGAUAUAUUUGGAGCUCACUGACAUCAGUACUUGACUGGAAGCAGGGCCAACUUUAAAGUUAGGCUUUGAGCCUUGUCCCAUUGUCUUGGCCUGCACUUAGUGGAACGCUGAUCUUUCCCACAUUGUCCUCUUCAGAUGCCAUCUCUGUGUCCAGGGCACUGGUUUGAGCAUUCAUGUGUGUCAGAGGCCAUCUGAAGCCCACUGAUUCUCCAUUUGCCUUUCGAUUGCCACAAGGAGAAACCCCUUCCCCCUACUGCAGUUCCAGCUUAGAGAAGGCAACAGUGCAGGUGCAGCCACUGUGCCGUUACGUUCGCUGUUCCCAACGAGGCUGGCAAGGACUUGGCAAAGACCUGGCAUGGACCCAGCACAGGGCAGCCUGCUUCACUCUCCACCUUUAAGCUGAAUGAACUGUUGGGGUGACUCUGGUGGUCUCUCACUGAAGACCCCUCAUCUGCCUCGUUACCACCGUGACAGAUGGAGAUCAAGAACCCUCUCCCCAAGGACUGAGACUGAGACCCCUACCACAGGGAGUGGGGGAAAUAGUGGUGUGACCACUAAUGACAUGACCUGUUCUUCUUCAGUAACUCCAAUGGACUUAUUCUUCGUUGUGUUCAUCCUGCCUUGGUGGUUUCACUGGACUCACCUGUUCCCCCACAACAAUUUCAAUAGAUUCUCAUUGUUCUGUAUGUUCCCCUUUUUUUUUCUUGGUGGACUAUAACUAGACCCCUGGGUUAGGUAGGACUUUGGAGCCUCUCCCCAACACAACAAGACAGAUCCCCAUCGUCCGGACCAGUGAGGACCUCGCCUGUGUUGGUAGCUAUUCCCAUCCCCCUCUUUUCUCUCUCUUUAUGCUUUUAUCUCCUUUCUGACCCCACUAUCGCAUUUAUUGUUUCAGCCCUUAAUAAAGGUGCAUUUGUUGUGAUUAAACUGAUAGUCCCCUGCUGUUUGCCUUUUUGCACUUUUGGGAUCGGUUAACGAACCAUCACAACACCCCGCAACAAGCAGAUCGUGACAUUGUGACCAUACUCAGAGUCAAGAAGCUUAUUUGGCUAAGAAUCAAUCAUUGAGUGACUUCAAAACGACAUAACAUUGGUGUUAACAACAUCCUCUCCUGGCUUUUCCUGAGGGAAGCAAGGUGAUGAGACGUAGGAAAGAAGCAACCCCUGUUUACAAACCAAAAUUUGUCCCUUCCUACCCCCCACAAUACACACGCAUGUGGGAAACCUCUUGCACUUAAGCAAGCAAGAAGUUUCAUCAAUGUAAAUUGUGCUUUGGAUGAAUGAGCAACAUAAUCAGAAGCUACUGAACAUUUUUUGCUCUCUAAAAUAAGAUUUAAAAAUGCCUAAGGACUUUUCUUGACAAUGCCUGAAAUUUAGGCUUCAACCAAAAAUAUGAUAGGAAAACAAACAUCUGCUGUAAUUUUUCAAAGCACACUGAAAGCUACAGUUCAAUUCAAAUUCUGGAUUUAAUGUGAAAAUAUAGGUAAAAUAUAAACCCUGGUGUUUUGUAACAAGCUAAAGCCUCACAAAACCUUUCUGUCACAGAUCUUGCUCAGCUUUUCCGUAGCCUAAUAUUAAGCUCAGUAACAGCCAAAGUAUUUUGUGAGGUUUAUUCUUUGGUAUAGAAAACCUUUAAUUUACCCUCUGGGAUAUCUGAACUUGCAAUAAAGAGCUGUCACAUUCACUCUGA